AUGUUUACAAAAGUACUGUCAUUAAGCGCUAUUUUGGCGGUUGCGGCUGCAGGCCUUAUCGCUGAACCUCAUUACUCCUCCGCUGCCGCAGUUUCUUCUCAAAGUAUCGUUCGUCACGAUCAACCUCAUGCUGUAGCUGCCGCUCCAGUUGCAAUCCACGCUGCUCCUGUUGCCAUUCACUCUGCUCCUGUUGCCUACCAAGCCGCACCAGUACACUAUUCAUCUGCCGGGGCUGUAUCUUCUCAGUCAAUCCAACGCCAUGAUCAGCAACGUGCCUCUAUUGCUGUUGCACCAGUAGCCCACUACGCCGCUGCUCCAGUUGCUAUUCACUCUGCUCCUGUUGCCUACCACGCAGCACCAGUACACUACUCAUCUGCCGGAGCUGUAUCUUCUCAGUCAAUCCAACGUCAUGACCAACAGCGUGCUGCUAUUGCCUUGGCUCCCGUAGCCCACUACGCCGCUGCUCCAGUUGCUCACUACGCAGCUGCUCCAGUUGCUCGUUACGCAGCUGCCCCUGUCGCCCACUACUCUGCCCCUAUUGCACAUGCUGCAUAUGCUGCCCACGAAGAAGUCGACUCUCACCCUCAAUACGACUACUCUUAUUCCGUACAUGACGGACACACCGGUGACAACAAGUCACAGCACGAGAGCCGCGACGGUGACGCAGUGCACGGCGAGUACUCCCUGGUAGAGGCUGACGGAUCUGUACGUACCGUUCAAUACAGCGCUGAUGAUCACUCUGGCUUCAACGCCGUCGUCAGCCACUCCGCUCCAUCAGCUCACGCUGUUCCAGCACCAACGCACGUACUAGCACACCAUUAA